AUGAGCAAGCGCUCUUUCGAUGAGUCCAGGGGCAGCCAGCCAUCCGAGGCCGAUCACAAUGGCCUGCUGCCCAUUCAUGAACUGCUCUCGCCCGACGAGCAGGAUCAUGACCCGACUCCACCCGCGGGUCAGACCAAGAAGCCCCGGAACUUCAUUGCCACGGUGGCUUGUGAGACGUGUCGCUUGAAGAAAACACGAUGCGACGAGUCCCGACCGAAGUGUGGGCUAUGCAAGUCCCUAGGUCUGGAUUGUGUGUAUAAUGAACGAAAAUCUUCAAAACGGGAUCAAUCCCUCACAAUGAUCAUGAGUACUCUUCAUCGACUGGAGACGAAGCUGGAGAACAUUCCAUCAUCUAUCCUCAGCGACCUCCAAUCGCUAGAAGGCCAAUUACGCCACGUAGGUGGCCGCUCGCAAGAGGUGAAUCCAUCUCCCGGUCGUCGCGAUGAAGGACGGCAUACAUCUAUUAUGCCGUCCACUGCGACCCCUGGCUUCACCCCAGCCGCCCGAGAUGGAGAUGACUUUGACUGGGAACAGAACGAGUCCACUCCGGAUGCCUCUGGUCGUAUCUCCAUCUCAUUCAGUCAACACGGAGUCAUUCUUUGGCCGGGUGCACGCACUAUUCUUCCAGAGCAGCUUCUCUCGGCAUACGAGCUACUGGGCAAGAACUACGUGAUCGAGCUGGAAUCGACGCGUCCCCCCCUGCCCAUGUUCACCAGUCCAUUCCCGUUGCACUCGGGGGAACACUGGCUGGAAGUUUUGCCAUUGGCCAUGAUAAAAGGUUUGGCCGAUGCGUUCUUUGCCGUGUUCAAUCCAUUCACUCCGAUCAUGGAUAAAUCCUUCUUUUUCUCUUUUACCCUCGGCGCUGCUAUCGAGAGUGGCUUUGGUUAUACCAUGGAGAGCUGUCUGGUUCUGAAUGUUUUGGCGCUUGGUUGCCUGGGCGUGCUAGCCUAUCAAGAAGGAAACUAUCCACUUCCGGGAACGCAGAGUCAUCGCUUUGAGCCACCAGAGUGGAUGAACGUGGUUUAUGAAGAACAGCCUGGCUUACGGUUCUUCAAUGAAGCUCGUCGUCGGAUUGGCUUUUUGAUGUGCAACAAUGAUAUCCAGAGUUGCCAGUUCUUCCUGCUUUCUUCUGUCUACUACAGCCAGAUUCCCCGUCCAAUGGAUGCCUGGGCGAUGAUCCACCGUGCAGCGACAUGUUGCCUCUCUAUGUUGACCAACCACGACGUAAGCUUUGAUGAAUGGGAGGGAGAUAUGAAAUCUCGCGUGUAUUGGAACUGCCUCAUGAACGAGACAAUCCUAGUCCAAGAACUACAUCUUCCCCCGAGUGGACUCUCUCGUCUCGAGGAGCAAGUCCCUAUUCCCAAAUUCAUCGCCUUCGAAUCGACUGGCUACUCGUCCACUCGGUAUCCCUCGUCUACGGUCGUCGACGAUUCAUAUUUCCAGUAUCACUUCCUCGCACAGGUGGCACAUCGCAUCAUCUUGACUCGUAUCAGGCAUUCCCUUUAUUUCUAUUCCGACUCGGGAACAAUCCCUCUCCCAGCAGUCAACACUGAACUCCAUCACCAGCUUGAGCAAUGGCGCAACAAUCUCCCAUCUGCCAUUCAAUUCACCGACGCGCAACUCCAGCCAUGCUACUCGACCCCAGCUGGCGACUUGUCAUCUGUCCACCACUCACCUGCCUCCGCGGCAUCUCCAAACCUUGUCACCCCACGCCCUGCAGAUCCCAACCGUCCACUAUCACCGGCGGUAGCAGUCACCGACGCCAUGCUACGCGGCCGAUACAUGAUCGCAAAGUUCCACAUUGGCCGACCCUAUCUUUACAAAGCACUUCGCAUCCCGAACUUGUUAACGGAUGACGAUCUCGAGCAAAUCAAAAGUGGAUUGCACAAUGCGAUGGACUGGCCCGUGACGCAGGGCAUCUUCCGAAAGAUGAAGAGUUGCAUUCCUAUCAAGUUUGCAUUUUGUUCACAGUUCUUUGGACAAAUUCUCCUCUUCUACUGUAUUGCGCAUUCGCCCAGUGCUCGGGUCCGUGAAACGUUACCUAGCGGCUGGGAACGUUGGAAUGAGGAAAUGAUGCGAUUCUUGGAAGACUCCGCCCGGACGAGUCCCGCCGUGGCGCAGGAUCUGGAGCUUUUGCGCUCUUUAUGGCCUGGACAUGAGUGA